UCUCUCUCUCUCUCUCUCUCUCUCCAGGAGGUCAGGCAAGCUGCUGCAGCCAAAUCAGCUUGUCAGCAGGUUUUUCAUCUUUAUUUAGCAUAUAGGUCAAGUUAUCACAACUGUGUAUAAUCAAGGGAGGUCAUUAAUAGAUGCUACAAGUGUAUAGUAACUCCAAAGAGCCUUUGUAGAGGUACAUAGCUACACGCUGUCAAACAAACUGAUAGACAUCAUUAAUAUUCUCCUCCAUCUCUCUCCUAAGAAGCUAACGUGUAAUGCGGAAGCCUCAGAUCUGGAUGAUUUUUGUCUUGGGAUGCUAUAACGAGGCAAAGCAGUCAAGUAUAUUGCCCAUGUUUUCAGUGGGACCUCAAACUGCUCUCUAAAAUCACAAGUUCAGGCCUGUGAACUUAUGUUUUUGCAAGUGCAAUUUUUCAUGGGCCCAAAUUUGGAUUUGCCUACAGAAACUGCAUUUGCGUGUGCAAAUAGAGUAGUUACAGGUCUACCUAAUUUGCCUAUGUGAGCAAAAAAUUGUACAUGAAAAAUUACAGCCACAAUUUCAGAAGUUUGGUGUUUAAAAAUAUAGUUUGUCUUACAGACACUGGAGGAAUCAAUGGUGGUAUUUCUGAUAGAUCAGUUUUUACCAGUCUUACACAAAAGCAAGCAUGCAUGUGUGAGAGUUAAAUGUAUGAAUUUAGAAUUAGAAAUUUGUGAUGUUGGGUUUUCUUUCACCAUGUCAUUUUCUGUAGUAAAAACUGAAUCCUUGCCCAUGAUUAAAGUGGGGAGGUGGAUCACAUGGCAAUAAUGUGCUAGGGAUCAAGGAAUAUUUCCAGCAUUGGGGAGACAGGAGGGGAUUGUGAAUUGUUCUGGGCAAGAGUCCCAAACUUGCUCACCUCCCAACUGCCACAAUCAUCCUCUGUUGUACUCCACUAUUUACUUUUAAAGUUGUUUACCCAACUGGAACGGACUACUUUUCUCUAAUGCAUUUUCCCUCUUAGAGCUCGAACUGAGUCGGUAUAGGACAUUAGCACUUAUCGCCUGCAUGUAGUGGCUAAUUAUUUUGCAUGGUGGAGAGGUCUUGUUGCAGAGAGUCUGGGGAUCUGUCCCGUUCACCAACCCUCCUAUUAGCCACUGGAACAAAAGAGAGAGGAAAGUUCUGAAGACGCUGGAGAGUUGCAACCUGUUAAUCUGGUAUACCUUAGGGCAACAGCAAGGAAAAUCAGAGUUCGGUACGGUCUGUAUGGGAAAAGAGAGAAAAUGUGGAGUGAGGAAAGGGGAGAGACUAUUAGGGAGGGAAAGUGGGGAGAGACAGAUGAAGAAAAUUAAGGAAAGGGGAGAAUAAGAUGAGGGGGAGGGAAAGAGAAAAGGAGACCAAAAAAGGUAAAGAGAAAAAAUUAUAAAGAGAGAAGACAGAAUAACGGUGAAAAAAUCUUGCAGAAAUGAGAGAACAAAAGAAAAUUAUUAAGAAAGCAAGGGUGGGGUGUGUGUGGGGGGAAGGAAUAUAAAGAGUAUGAGAACACACAUAGCUUGAAGGAUGUAAAAUUAUCUUCUAUUAAUAUUUUCUCAUGUUUCUGCUAGAAAACAGACAAAAGGAGGAAGGGUUGGUUGAGGUGAGGGAAUCCAGUUUAAGCCUGUGACGGACCCAUGACGAAGGUGUUGGAGAUAAGAGAGAACUUUGGGUUUGAGGUGAGAAUGUGUGUGGGAAGAGUGAGGGGCUGAAAGGGGAAAAGAGGGUCUUUUCAUACAAGGAUUUCUUCCACAGUUCAAACACUGCUUCCUCUUUUUGAUACGUUUCUGUUUGCAUUGUUGAACUUGAAACCUCAGAUAGUGCCAGAUCUGGCCCACAACAGUACCUUGACAUGCUAUUUACCUUGGCCUGCAGCUUCAAUUCCCUUUUGUGUUGUUUCCAACACCCCUGACAUUUCACAAAUAAGUCACUGAAGUCAUUAGAAAUACCCUGCACACAAGUAUACACGUUCAAAGGACAAAGAUCCUGAUUGUGAGUCCCUGUAUUGUGUUAAUCUAAAGUGUUAGGUUAAACAAAUGCCAUAUUGAAAAAAAAAUACAUUAUCAGGAAAGAGAAUGUUCCCCAGUGGUAAAUCUGAUGGAUUGCUUAGUAGGCUUUUUUAGGAAUUGUUUUAAUUAUUAUUUACUCUGUACUGUUGAUUUGCAUGGCACUAAUAGAGGAGUAAGAAGAUAAGGUUUCUGAUAAGAUAAGGUGCUUAGGAAAUGCCUAAAAUAACCGAAGACUUCACUUUUCUAUAAUGAAAACUAGAAGGAGUUAGGGGAUGAGGAUUGCUAGUUCAAUACGUAAUGUUCAAAGUCUUUUCUAAUAGUAAUGAACUUCUUGAACAAAGCAAAGAUAGAAUGGCUUAGUCUGUUUAAUCUAAUAUAUUUAUAUAAUGCCAUCAAUCCCAAAGUACUUUAAAAAUGAUCAACCUGAUUUUCAGUAUGGCUGAAAAUCAGCUGUCAUAUAUACAGUACUAUUGAAACCCAGCUCUGGGCUUCCAUGCACCACACUGGGGAGAGUGGGGAAUUUUGGCCAAGGAUGCUGGAGCAAACACUACUGUACGUUUGUAUGGAAAUUGGGCAGCCCCUUCCAUAUCUAAUAGUUAACUUAAUAGAACUCAAGAUUUCUAUCUCAAAAGGAUGAGUUGAAUCAGCCUUUCUAGUAUAUGAACCUGUGAUUCCAGGCAAUCUAGGUAUUUUCAGCCUGAGUUUUAAACUACUAAACCAUCCCCGCCAGCAUAAAUAGUUGCAGUUAGGAUGCAGAUUUUGGAAUAAAGGUUGAAACAUGAUUUGUUUCCACACCGAGUUUGCAAAUGGCUAACACUUGUUUGGUAUAGUUGUAUGUGCUUUUUUGUGUGGUCAGUCUAGACUGCACAAGUUUUGUGCAUUUGUUUCUUGUGCUAAGGUAGAAUGAAGGUGCAAAGCUCAUUAACAAGCACAUGGGUGUUAGUGUUCUAAGUCUUUAGGCUGCAUGGAAUGUUCCAAAUAGAAUUUCCUUUCCUUUGAUUAAUUGGCCCUAGAGAGGUGGCUUGGGAGAGAUCUGAGUAGUGACUACCAGUAAAACAAACAAAAAACAAAUAAAAACCCUAGCAGGUUUGUGCAGGAAAGUGUGUGCAAAUUUCAUGGAAGCUAUGUGACUACCAUUUUAAAAAAAAAAGAUCUGCAGAAUCCUAUGAAACCCAGCAAACUUUGUUAUAUGUACCUGCUUCUUGUCAAUACCUGCCAUUAUCCCAACCCUUGAAUACAGGACUGUUUGGCGGUUCACAGAUAGGUGGCAUAUUUAAGCCCCUCCAUAGUUAUUAGCCACAUUGUCAGGGAUGCAACCUCAUGCACUGGGUGUCCCUAACCUCUGAUUGCCAUAAACUGGGAAUGGAUGACAGGGUAUGGAUUACUUGAUUGCCUGUUCUGUUCAUUCCCUCCAAAGCCGCUGUCAGAAGACAGGAUACUGGGCUAGUUGGACCAUUGGUCUGACCUGGUGUGGCUGUUCUUAUGUUAAACAAUCCAAUCUGCCUCAAGAUUUGGUAAGUGUUGCCAUCUGGAUUUAUAUCCUCUCAAGUGCAGUGUCCAAGAUGCAGUUUUAGUAAAACUACAUCAUAGUAUUGGCUAGUGCUGAUUGAUAUGACACCCCAGGGAGGGAGCAUUUUCAACAGGAGCAGCAAUGUUGUUUUAUUUUCAUCGCACCUGAUUGAGACCCAUAAAGCAGUUAUGUUUCAGAGAUCAUCAUAGCUGUGAUCCCUUUGCCUGGCAUAUUGCUGUGCUGACAGCUGGUCAGAGCAUUGCUACACACGAAGAUCCCCACACACAUUGCAAAGCUACCAUAAUGCAGUCUAGGAUCUGCCCUGCUGUGGAUGGUAAUAGUAUGUUAUUGGCCCAAUGAAAGAGAAUGCAUUCACAUUAGCAAUGAGCAGGCAUUUUAAAAAAGAAAAAUGGAAGACUUAAAAAAUAUUCUGGAGAGGGUGCAGCUUUUCAGAUUUAAAAAAAUAAUGUGAAUUUAAUGCUUAUGGAAGGUGAUGGAUUGAUGGCCCUGGAGAAUGGAAGGACUGUAUCUUAUGAACAGGAUAAGCAUGCAAGUUUCCUCAAAUGUUACUCUGUGCCUGUCAAAAUCCCUUACCUUCAACUUGAAGAGAGCAUCUCUUCAGGUAACAUUGUAGUCUAGUUUGCAUGCCAAUACAGUGUUCUCUGCUACUGAACAUAUCAGCUGUGGUGGGAUACCACUGAGGUGGAUGCCUAGUGACUGGGAAAUGGACGGAGACCACCAAAUUAAUGUAACAUACCUUCCAGUGUCAUUUGGCAACGUAACAGCUUUCAGUAAUAACUCACCUGUUUUAGAUUUAUUUUGUACUGGUGACGUAGGCACUCUAGGACGCUCGCCAAAUGCUUUUCAGGUUUUAUUUGCUCCAUGUGGAUAUUCACGAGCCAUUGAAAUAUAUAGUGUGACUAGACAUGGAAUGAUGGUAGGAUACAAUUAUUAUUUAUUGAGCUCCAGACAUAAUGCACAAGUUACUUUCAAUCUAAAUCUGAUGCAGGUAGAACAGUUUAGACAGACAAUAAACUGGCAGAAGAUAAAGGCUGUGCUGUAAGGCAAAACAGAACUCUAAACAGCCAGACCCUCUUAGCCUUUUCAAAAAUUAGGUUUAUUAAAUUAGAACUCAGCAAACAAAGACACAGCUCCUAUUUGUAACAGACUUUCUCAUUUUCCUCACCUUGCAACUCAGUCUCACCCCCACAAAGUACUCAUGUGCUUCACCCACAGAACUAUAUGCAAGAACGUGUAUUUCCUUUUUAAUUUGGCCUGAAUUUUCUCUCUAACCUAGUUAGAGAAAAAAUCCCCAAAGAGCUCUGCUGCCUAUGACAACAGCAUGGGGCAGGUUAACUUUAAAAAGUAGCUGGCACAAUGGAACUGCUGAGGGAAAACCCCAUGAUGAAAACUGGAACACACCCAAAGGUGAAUUCCCUGAGGUCUCCAGCUGGCAAUAUAAGCAGGUUAUCUGGAGCCAAAGUCACCAGAUCAGAGCAGCCAGUUUUCUGAUACAUUUGAAGUGUAGACUAUAGUAAAACGUUACUGAACUGAAAAUGACCAACUUUAUCAGCAGAAGCUUGAUCCUGGCUUCUUUGAUGGGGCUGCUGCUGUUGUACCUGUCUGGCACUUCUGAAGCACAAAACAAUCAAGAUUGCUGCCUCUCUUACUCCGCAGUACGGCUGCCUCGAGGAGUCAUAAAGGGCUACACAGAACAGCUAUCCAGUGAAGUCUGCGACAUCAAUGCUAUCAUUUUUCACACAAAGAAUGGAAUGAAAGCUUGUGCAAAUCCAGAAGACCGCUGGGUGAAGAAGCAUCUUCUUUGGCUGAGCCAUAAACUCAAGAAGAUGUCACUGUAAUGUGGGUUUUGAAAUGGAACCAGACACAGAGGCGGCUGCAGAACCUAAACUAGGUUGGAAUCAUCUCUUUGUACACGAUGUGUGCUUACUGACCAUUAUUCCUGGCUUCUUUGGAACCACUGAACUACUGAAGUUGAUUCAUAUUGCAUCAUUUGUUUGCUUGACUUAAGCAUUUUGUUAAAGUUGCUUUUCUUUGCUAAUAUACAAUAUUUGAUUACUGUGUAAAGAAGAAAACUGUUUUAAACUAUUAUACAAAAUAUGUGCCCUAUUGGGUUUAGAGCAUUUGGAUGUCAUUUGUGCUAUUUAGCAUAAGUAAAAUUGAUAAUUUAUUCUAUUUAUUGUUACAUCAUAGGCAUUUUUUGUGCCAAAAGCUGUUCCCUUUUAAUUCUAAGUAAUGUGAUCAAGAACAAAUGGAUUAAAUAUUUUUAGACUACUGUAAAAACAUGUGCUUGAGAGAAAGUGGAGUCUGUGGAAACUUUAAAAAUUACAUUAAAAAUCCAAAAUGAGACUUGUUUUAUUGGCAAUGUAUUGUAUUCCCUGGAAAUCAAAAGCCCUUGUGUUCCAGAACAUCAAGACCGGACCAUUCUUUAUCUAUCCUACAUCUGUAAAUGACAAUGGAUGCCUCUUUUGUUUCACUCUACAUUUGCAUUAGGAAAGUUGUAGACAUCAUGG